AUGAGGACGCUGCUGUGUGUGUGUGUGUGUGUGUGUGUGUCCGUGGUCUGGACUCAGGAUUAUGACAACUAUGACACGGACACCAAGAGCUCAACAACGAAGAACAGCACAGUAAACGCUCGUGGUCACCGUCCAACAACACAUGGCCAGGACGUCUACACCCCUAAACGCCACAACCCGCCCCCCAUCACUGGCGGUGGCAGGUAUCGCGGUCGCCCGACCCCAGCUCCAGUCGCUGGACAGCAGUUGCAGGAGAAGGCGAUGCAGCCGGAUGAGGGAGGAUGCACACACGCUGCAGAGGAGAUGGGUGUCCUGUGUCCCUCUGGGUGCGAGUUGAAGACCACGCUGGUGAAGCAGCAGAACAACGUCAAGAUGAUCAUUAAUGAACUUAAGCCUCAGGUGAAGGAUUUGUCCCGAUCCUCCAACGACGUCUACAACUACGCUAACAGCAUUUCCAGCUCUAUGAGGGAGAGGCAGAGAGUCAACACCGACAACAACAGGGUGGUGAGUCAGUACACGGAUCGGGUGGAGGAACAACAUGUCUACAUCAAGGAAACGGUGGACACUGUCCUCCCCUCCAGCAUCAGAGUGCUUCAGGGGGUCCUGGACAAGAUCAGGCUGAAGAUCCAGAAGCUGGAGAAGGCAAUCCAGACCCAGGGGGAGGCGUGCAAGGAACCAUGCAAGACCAACUGUCCCAUACCGGUGGUGUCUGGUAAGGAGUGUGAGGACAUCUACCGGCGUGGAGGGAAAGACUCCCAGAUGUACCUGAUCCAGCCCGACGGCUUCAACCUUCCAUACAAAGUCUUCUGUGAUCAGUCCACCCAGAACGGAGGUUGGCUUCUCAUCCAGAGCAGGCUUGAUGGCAGCGUCGACUUUGGCCGACGUUGGGACGAAUAUCGACGCGGUUUCGGCAACAUCGCCUUCGAUGCUGGCAAGGGUCACUGUGAGACUCCCGGUGAAUACUGGUUGGGCAAUGACCGCAUCAGUCAGGUGACUAAGAUGGGCCCCACUGAGGUUCUCAUUGAGAUGGAGGACUGGACCGGAGCCAAGGUCUACGCCCAGUAUCGCCAGUUCACCAUCCAGUCAGAGACUUCCAACUACGUGAUGGCGGUCAACGGUUACUCUGGUAACGCUGGCAACUGUUUCCUGGAAGGAUCCUUAGAACUGUUUAAUGAAAACCGCACAAUGACCAUUCACAACGGCAUGAUGUUCAGCACCUACGACAGAGACAAUGAUAACUGGGUCCCCGGGGAUCCCGCUAAGCAGUGCGCCAGGGAGGAUGGAGGCGGCUGGUGGUACAACCGCUGCCACUCAGCCAAUCCCAACGGCCGAUACUACAUUGGCGGAGCCUACACUCUCCAAAUGGCCAAGCACGGCACCGACGACGGCAUGGUGUGGAUGAACUGGAAGGGGAGCUGGUAUUCACUCAAGGCCAUCAGCAUGAAGAUCAGGCCGUUCUUUGCCCCCAGUUAA